AUGGCAGACGACAAGGAAACAUCCGCAGAAGAAGAGGUGGUGGAAUCCCUCAUUCAGGGACGUGCGAGACGAAGUACAGCAGGGCGUCAUCUAUCCGCGCUUCUGAACGCUGAAGCAGACGACGAGCUCGCGCUACUGUUCGAGGAAGUAGACGAUGACAAUGAAUUUUCAAUCAACGCAGAGGAAGAAGCAGAAGAGGAUGACAUGGCUUUGGACUCAUCCUCCGACGACGAUGAAGAUCAAGGCCCGAACGUGCGCGGCGACGAUCUCGAAGGCGAGAAGGAGAUCGAAAAGGAAGCCAAGGCCGACCGACAGAAACGCAGAGCACGCGAAGAUCUACGUCUGAAGCUGGCCCGGAAGAAGGUCAAGAUCGAUCCCUCCGCCGUCUCCGCAGUACCUGCCCCUCGACCCAAGAAGAAAUCAGAACGUAUCUCGUGGCUUCCCACGGUUGAAGAUGGGCCUACGCGGUCGUCCUCGCGUCGCCAGACGAUGCAGAACAAGCAACUUACACAUGCGCGACUGAAGGAUAGUGAGGAGAAACGCAUCCGGCUCAUUGCGACUAUGGAAGAAGCUGCUAAGAGGAAAGCGCAUCUGAAACCGAAGGAGAUGACGCAGGCGGACCGUCUAGCGGAAGCUGAACGGGUGGAGAGGUUGAAUAGCAAGAGUCUGAGUCGUUGGGAGGAGAUGGAGAAAAGGAAGGCCGAGGAGAGACGAGCAAAGAUCGAGGCGCUGCAGAACCGUCGUCUGGAGGGACCCGUCAUAUCUUACUGGAGCGGCAUCGCUACAUGGGUCAAUGGCCGUUUGACGCGCGUGGGCAAAGUUGACAUUACACCGAAACCAGAGAAGGAGGAGACUACGCGCAAGAAAAGCAAGAAGACGGAGAAGGAAGAGAAGAGUACAGCAGAGAAGCCUGCUCAAAAUGCUCCUGCAGGGCCUGCUACUUCGCAGACCGCUUCUCUGGGAUCCUCUACGCCUCAAGGAACACCUGCUCAAGAAGAUUCUGUGAAGGCUCCUCAGAAAACAGAGGAGACAAUGUCCGUUCCUCAGGAGCAAGACACAGACAGAGCCGCGACGGCAUCUGAGCCUACACAGGCCACCUCCGCCCCAGAAAAAUCAACAAUCCCAGAGGGCUCUGCAGCUACAACAGAAUCUACAAAUCCCGUCCCACCAGCUGAAUCAACAGCAGCACCCAGUGAGGCAAGCACAGAGAAGGCUCCUGAUUCAGAGCUGCCAGAAAUAAAAAAGGCCACGUCUAAAGAACCAGUCGAAGUCGAAAGUAAAACUACUGGUGAGGCCCCACAGGGAAUCGAGACGGCAGCAGCCGACUCAAAAUCGCCGGGCGAAGCACCGAAGGAUCCGACACAGGCUGCAGCGCAGGUACCGGAAGAGAGACCCGCGCUGAAUGCCGACCAGUCGAAGCCGGAAGCGCCGCUGUCCGGAGUCCAGCCGGAUGGUGCUUCUAAAACAACGGAUGCUGAAGCGCCCACGAACGAGAAAUUCUCGCCUGAAUCUAAAGUGGCUCCUCCUGCUACUUCUCCGCCAGCUACCCAAGUUCCUGUUGCCGAGCCUACGCAGACAGGUCAGCAAGAGGAACCAAAAGUGUCGGUAUCAACCGAGCAGGAGCAAGUAGCGCCUGAGAUACAUGCGGAUCAGUCUGCCUUCUCGAGUGACGGCGCACCACAACCCCAAAUCCCUGCUCCGCCUCCGGUGGUCGAGCAAACGGGACGAUGUCUGACGAUUCUCGAGAACUUUGAUGAGGAGACUGCACAGAGCCGCGAGUUUAGCAUUUAUUUCAAUUCCAAAAAGCCUCCGCGGCUGACCAAAAUCUCCUCAUCACUCUGUGUUAUCACAUCUCUUCCUUCACGGUAUCGGGACCCUGAGACCUCUCUCCCUUUUGCCAACGCAUAUGCGUAUCGAGAAAUCCGACGGACUGUUGCCCAAAAAUCUGCCUGGAGCCCCAUGCUAGGCUGCUAUGUUGGUCCUGUCGGUGUUGCGGCGCGUGGGGUGCCAGCGCGAUUCCUCAAUCCUGACGCCCCAAGCGAGACACAACAGAGCGAGAAGAAAGAUGGCAAAGACAGUGAGGAAGGACCUGCAUCUGCUGCGUCUGGGAAACCAGAGGGUGAGAUGAAGACCCCCGGAGGUGUUUCCAAUCCGCCUGCGCCAGCUGCUCCUGCUACACCAACACCUGUGGCAGCGGGAGGCGUGGAUCCAAUGGACAUUGAUAAGCCAUGA